CGUAUAAAUGCACACAUAUGGCUUUGGCCAGCUUUUUACCUGAGUUGGUCUCAAAUCAGCUGUCAAUAAAUGUUAUGUACUUGAAGAAAGUAUAUUAACUGACAGAUACGGUUCAAAGGAGAAUAAGAUUAAACAGUUGCACCGUCGUGUUGCAAACAGUGCUAGCGAGUUAGCUCUUCGCUAACCAAUUAAUCAAACCCUUCAGUACCUCGCGUUGAGGUACCCAGUCGCGUGAGGCCAGUUAAAGAAGCCUUGAGAUCCAAGAUGUCAAAGCCUCCAAAUUCACCCUCACACUCACGAUCCAGAAGCAGAUCCAGAUCACGAUCCCGAUCCUACUCAAGGUCCUUUUCAAGAAGCCGCUCACGGUCGAGGUCCAGAAAGCAUCGGUACAGCUCAAGGUCUCGCUCCCGUUCAAGGUCACAUUCCCCCUCCCAUGGUCGGGACCGAAACUAUCCCAGUAGAGAUUACCAGAACAACCGUGGGUAUACCAGGGGGUACAACAGAGGUUACCGGAGGCCUUACUACUACAAUCGGGGUAGAGGUCGUCCUUUUUACCCCCGUGGCCGUUAUCAGAGGGGCGGAAACAGCUAUGGGUACCGUGGCAGCAACUGGCAAGGCCACCGGGACCAGCAAGCACCUUACGACCAUCACAGUCCCAAGAGGGGCCGUUCUCGUUCUCGCUCUCCACGGCGGCACUCGGGAAGCCGAAGCCGCUCUCGCUACUCUGACCGCUCGUCUUCUGGGCAUUCUCGCCGCUCCAGGUCUUCCUCACGUUCCUCCUCUCCACACAGGCGCAGGUCAGGCUCCGGCAAAACCCAUUCUAAAGACCCUAAAGUUAAGACGUCGUCCCCAGAAACCCAAGGAUCUAACAAGGAGGCGCCGCCCAUAACUUCAUCCAACGUGUCCGAAGAGCCUAAGAGCAAAUGGGACAAUUUGACCGAUUAUGACACAAGCCCCGGCAGGCCUGGCUCUGGAGAUAACCAGGGAGCAUCCUCUGGAGCUCAACCUGAGGUCAAAGCCACUCUCCCUGGAAGCACUGGAAACGGUGCUCCGCUGUGGAAAAGCAUCGGCCCAGCGAGCAUGAGUCCUCCUAAGCCGGCCGCAUCUACCGGCUUUGGCUUCUUUUCAAAGGAGGACGCGAAGGCAGGAGAUAAGUCAGCUAUCUCGAACGCAUUCAAAAAGUUCUUGGCAGAGCAGAAGAAAAAGCCAGCGGCAGAUCAGGACGGCAGCCGGGAUGAGGCUUUGACCUCAGCUGACGGUGAGAAUGAGAAAAGUAACAGCAAGGCAAAGGGGUUAUUCGAUGUCGGCCUGAGCUAUGGAAGCUCAAAGACCGACAAAGCCUUGCCUUUUCUCGAUGCCGAGGAAGAGGAGUACCUGAAAGAGAGGAAGCCUGAAGAGGAAGCCAAGCAUAAGGGAAAAUCGUCCUUCUCCGUCCGUGGUAUGUCAGAGGAACGCUUUGGAAAGUGGGACGACUCUGCGUUCCUUUCCUCAGGCAAGGACACUUCUCAACGGGAAGGCGAGGAAGAGGUAGAAGAAGAACUGGAGCACAUGGAAGAGGAACUGUAUCGAAGUCGAAAACACGCCUCCAGGAAAGAGGAGAAGGCCUCCAAAAAGAAGGAGAAGAAGAAGAACAGAACGAGUCCGUCUUCGCCUCCUUCCCCUCGAAGCCAUGAAAGCAGGAGCAAGCCACUGUUCCCUGUGUUAAGGGAUGAGUCUCCUCCGUCCAGACCCUCCGUGAAGAGAGAAUCUGAGUUAAACUUUAGCGCUAAAGCCUUUGGCGAUGAUCUAGAAAACUUAUCUAGCGUGUUGGUUAAGGAACGGCGUUUAUCCCGGGAUCUUGUGCACCCACCUAAGAAAGAGCAAGAGUUCCGCUCUAUCUUCCAGCACAUUCAGUCGGCACAGCUCCGGCGUAGUCCUUCCGAGCUGUUCGCUCAACACAUUGUCACCAUUGUGCAUCAUAUCAAAGCACAACAUUUCCGCUCAUCUGGGAUGACUUUAAAUGAGCGGUUCGGCAUGUACCAAAGACGAGCCGCAGAGAUGGAUAUAAUGAAGCCAAGAAAGAGCCCUGAAAUCCACAGGAGAAUUGAUGUGUCUCCCAGUGCUUUUAAGAAGCACUUUCACCUGUUUGACGAUUUGGAAGAGAGCGUCUACAAGGAUCAUAAAAAACAUGAGAGUGACUCAAUGGACCUGCGACUGGAUAUUGAACGGCGUAAAAAGUACCCCCUCAAGGAGCACAGUCGUGAGCGAGGACAUGGUUCAGGGGACUCGCGUGGUCCCAGCAAGGAGAGAUCCCCUGAAAAAGCAACCAAACACCAUAAAAAAUCCAAGAAAAGCAAGAAGAAGCGCGAUCGCUCCCCUUCCUCCUCCUCGUCCUCCUCCUCCCCACAUUCUUACAGAGGAAGGGAGUAUCAAGGAGAGGAGCAGCCUAUGGAACAUGUGGAGGGAGGGUACGUGAAGUCACGCCUGGGGCCCCGUGAGUACCCCGGCCCCGUGGACAGAGGGUCCCGGGAUUAUGAGGGGUACAUGGACAGGAGCCGAGGAGGCUAUGACAGGGGUCGAGGGGGAUACGACAGAGGAUUUCCCAGAAUGAGAGGCAGGGGAUGGAACAGGGGAAAUUACCCAAACAACAACAACAACAACAACAGUAACCCACCUAACACCAGUGGCCCCAGUCGCCCCCCGGAGGAGGAGUGGGACCCGGAGUAUACUCCCAAAAGCAGGAAGUACUAUCUGCAUGACGACAGAGACCGGGAUCGGGAUGGCGAGAUGAAGUGGACGGACGGUCGCGGGCGGGGCAGAGGCCUCCACCCCCGUGGCAGGGGUCGUUUCAUCUACCGAAAAGGAGGUAGCAGCCCCAAGUGGACCCAUGACAUGUUCCAGGGCAGCGUAGAGGAAGGCGAACUGGCCGAGGACAACGCCGAUCUGAACAACAAGGAGGACGAGAAGCAAGGAGAUGGUUCAACCCCUAAACUGUAGACACGUGUUUUUUUUUUGUUUUUUUUUCUAUCCACCUUAUUGCUUUUGUCUUCUCCUCUGAGAACACGUUUCUGCCAGUCUGAAGCCAUUCAGGACGAGAUUUCUCAGAGCUCUACAAAAGGACACUCACGAAGUAACAUGACCUAAUACGUGUCCUGUCGUAGGGUUAAAAAGAAAAAGAAAAACAGGGAAAGGUUGAGUUCAUGUGAAUUUUAAUGGCUGUACUGUAGACUGGUAGAAUCAAGCCCUUGGUUUGUAAUAACGGAGUAAAUACAAUGAGAGAUUUCAAAGCAAAAGCCGCCUUUUUUUUCCAUAACAGCGUUUGAAUGUCCUCUUGUUCUUUGAGCUACUGUCAGUUCACAUUUGGUUGAAGAUAUUAAACUGUCUUAUAUGUAGAACAAUAAAUCUCUGUGAAUGUUUUACUUUUGUCUGUUAUUAUUGUAAUCCAAAGGGGUUUUUUUCAUAGUGUAUUUGCAAAUUGCUAUAAUUUCCAUGGCAUGUUUGGGUGUUACCAUUAAUAACUGAUUGCGUUAUGGUUUGACCUGUUGCUUUUAUUAUUACGUAUUGGUGACCAGAAAAAGCCACGUUGAGAAAUAUCAUAUGGUUGUCCUCAUUUUUGGUCUUAUUUUUUCCCUCUCUAAUGGAGGAGUGCACUUGUGCCUUAGAGAACCAGUACUCAAAUGGACAUUUUACUUUUUUUUUUCUUCUCCCCUGCAAUUUUCCGUUUAAUGUAUGAGCCUUUCAGGCGAUUUUUAAACUUUGAUCAAUUUUUUUUCCCCUCUGUGCGUUGUUAUGGAGAUAUUAUCCGUUCACGUCUUUGCACGCUAUGAAACGUGUUCCCAGUCGACGAUGUUUGUUUGGUUGUAUGAGAGCAGUAGCUGUGUUUAGCAUGGGCUUUACAAGAGCGUGUUUUCACCCCCAGAGCGUUUAGACUUUUACAACUCUUCCGUCGUGGACCAACCCACUGUGUGCAUCAACUGGGAUUAUACUUAGCAGAACGUUGUUCCUUAUGGUUCCUUAAAUAUGUCUAUAAGUAGUUAGAACUGUAGUAGCUCACUGUUAAUUGAACUCUCAGUCAGAUCAGAAGGAUAUUUACAUUGUCUAGACUUGGUUUCUGUUUAUAGGAUCAUCUGAAGAAACAGCUCCCACUGACGCUAGAUUCAUUUGUUUUGCUACGCAUUUGAGGUUUAUUUUUAUUUUUAUUUUUUUUAUUUUUUUGAGGAUUGCAAGGAAAAAUAUGUAACUCUUACUUAGAGACAAAAUGGAUUUAUUAUAUGUUUGUGCCUCUUCCAUAUAAUUUUAUGUUGAGUCUUUUUUGGAUUUUAUGUGUAAAUAUAUAUGCAACCUUAAACACGUGCAAGAAGUUGCAAGUCAAGAUUAAACUAUUGCGGCCUUUUUGCAUUUAAAAAAUCGAAUUCUGUGGUAAUUUUUCUGUAGGGUUUUUUGUUUGUUUUGUUUUGUUUUUGAAAUGCUUGAACCUUUUUCUUUUUCUUGUUUUUUUUGGUUGCGCGUUAUUUACUUGUUAUUUACCUGACGAGUGCAGCGCUCAGUCAGCCAUUUUAGGGCAAACAUGUCUCCACUCAGUGGGGCUGUGGUGUAUGCCGCCGUGAUCCGGUCCGUCGGACUGCUGCGGAUGCUCGUUAGCUGAAUCAGGUUUGUUGGCGUGCACCGUAGCUCUCCAGGCGGGCUAUUGCUUAACUUUUCUUCCAGCUCCUUUACAAAAACAGUUGAGCACGAACUAGACAGAGAGAGAGAGAGAGGAAGCUGCAUUUUGAAGGAAUUUUCACUGUGUUACUUCUGUGGAUUUAUUUAGGGGUCCACCUUAUGUCAAUGUAUACAGCGCAUAUUGUGGAUCUGUGAUUUUCGUUUUUUAUAUUACAUUUAUAUUGUUCUUUCAAUGCCUGUGUUUUUUUGUUUUGUCUUUCAAUAAAACCAUCUUCAUGGUUUAUUUGAA